AUGGUUCAGAUGUACGCACUGGGCAUCGCCCUCUUCGCCGCCAUCGGCACCUUCUUGUUUGGCUUCGAUACCGGCAUAGCAACCACAACGAUUGCUCAUCAGAGCUGGAUUGACUACAUGAAUAAGCCUUCUCAUGGCUUAACCGGUGCUGUGGUCGCGGUCUAUAUCGCUGGAGAGGCCGUAGGAGCUCUACUGCAAACUGCCAUCGGAGACAAGCUUGGCCGCAUUCGAUUCAUGCAGUUGAUGUGCAUCAUCGUCACGAUCGGAACAUCUGUCCAAACUGGCUCCGUCAAUAUCGGCAUGUUUCUAGCAGGCAGAGCGAUUGCCGGGAUCGCUGUCGGUGCGAUGGUCGGAACUGUGCCCAUCUAUCUUUCGGAAAUCAGUCCCCCUCAGCAUCGCGGUCUCAUAGGAGGCAUAUCCGGCUGCGGUAUCUCACUGGGCACCAUGUUGAGCAAUUGGGUCGGCUUCGCCUGCUCAUACGCUCCAUACGGCUCAACUCAAUGGCGUCUGCCGCUGGGAAUCCAGAUCCCAUGGGGCAUCAUUCUAUUCAUUGGAUUGGCCACAUUCAUGCCUGGUUCACCGCGUCAGCUCAUUCGCUCCGGCAAGGUUGAUGAAGCACGCGUUCAAUUCGCCCGUAUCCGGCGAGAGCUGGCUCCGCAUGAUAUGCAACUCGAAUUCGCCCAUAUGCGAGCGCAGAUCGAGUUCGAGAUGACUCGUGAGGUGAAGACGCUCAAGGAAGUCUUUCGGCUGUUUCGACAUCGCGCUCUUGUGUCUAUUGCGGUGCAGACCAUGACUUCAUUGACAGGAGUCAAUGUCAUCCAAUACUACCAGACGAUCUUGUACAAGUCCCUUGGUGUGGGGCCCAAGACUAUUCUGGCCCUCGCCAGCGUCUAUGGCACAUGCGCAUUUGUCUCUAACUGCCUGACCACCAGAUUCAUGACAGAUCAGUGGGGACGCCGCAAGAUGAUUUUAGCCGGGCUCUCUAGUGUUGUUCUCAUCGAGAUAUACGCCGCCGUGAUGCAGCGUGAGUUUCAGCACACCAACAACCAGGUCGGCAAGGGCUUUGCCAUCUUGGGAAUAUACCUCUUCGUCGUAUGCUAUUACGGAUUUCUAAAUUCAACCACUUGGCUAUACGGAGCAGAAGUGCUACCCGUUGCGCUACGAUCCAAGGUCAUGGGAUUGGCAGCCGCCUCACAUUUCAUCGUCAACGUGGGCAUUACAGAAGCUGGUCCGUCGGCCUUCGCAAACAUUGGGGAGAACUACUACUAUGUUUUCGUUGGAUGCUCACUUUUCUUCUUGAUCAUGGCCUACCUAUAUUUCCCUGAGACCAGACGCAAGACCCUCGAGGAGAUUGCCGAAGCAUUUGGCGACAAAGUUGUGCUGGCGAAUGACCGAGAUAUGCUUGAAGAAGCCACAGCGGAGCAGAAGCUUGGUAUGGCCAGUGAAAUCAGGGUGGAACAUGCUGCUUGA